GUGCAACGCAAGGCCUUUGACGGAACAACUACACUACCCAUGAGCCUUUGCGACAGAAAGCCGCUGUGGCUGACGACGUGGCUGAGGGACGUUUGAACGGACCGGGUUGAUUCAAACGAGGCAAACCGGCUUUUGUUCGCUCACUGCGAGGUCAGUCAGAGUUUAGCUGCUCGGGCGAGUCUCUCCUUAAGUUAUUUUUUUUAGAAAACAUAUCAUCGCUGGUUUAAACAUGUCGGGGAAAAUCAAGAGCCGCAGUGCCGCAAACGCAGACUCGAUCACCGGCGGCGUGUCCUGCGAUGAGCGCAUCUUGCGGGAUUGUCAUCAGCUGUACACGGAUCCCGACAGCGGACUGAUCUCUGUAGCCGAAUCUGUUGGUGUGACGUUGCUGCCGCCCAGGAAGAAGAUCACUGUGCUGCUGAUGGGCAACCACUCAGCCGGGAAAAGCUCCUUCAUCAACUGGUAUGUGGAAGAGCACAUUCAGCGCACUGGAGUGGCUAUUGAGACCCAGGGCUUCAGCUUUGUUACAAGUGGCCGCAAGAGAGAGUCUCUCACAGGAAAUGCCACCCUCCACCUGUAUCCACACUUCAAACCUCUGCAACAGUUCAAAGGUGUCUCAGAGUACUUGAGCACAGAGAUCUGCACGUCGAGACAGAAACGGUUCAGCCUGGUGACGUUUGUGGAUUCGCCCGGGUUGGUGGACGGCGAUAUGAAGUAUCCCUUUGAUGUGGACGAAGUUAUCCUGUGGCUGGGUGAUCUCUGUGACCUGAUCCUGGUCUUCUUUGACCCCAUGGGUCAGGCCCUGUGCAAGCGCACCCUCAACAUCGUGGAGAGCCUGAAUGAGAAACACGGAGAUCGACUGAGGUUUUACCUGAGCAAGGCUGACGAGGCCGGGGGAGAGUCGGACAGACAGAGAGUGAUGAUGCAGAUCGUCCAGGAGCUCUGCAAGCGCCCAGGACUCAACAAAUGUGGUUUUGACAUGCCCACCAUCUACAUUCCUAAUCCAAAUAAGCCAAGUCGCUGUGUCAACCAGAUCGAGGAGGUGUGUCGCACGGUCGAGAAAACGAUUAACCAAACCGUCCAGAAUACACUCAACUCGCUGGAGAAGGACUGUGAGAUCAUCAGCGAGGCAAUCGCUGAUACACUCAUUAACGAUAGGCAGACCAGUGUUGGGAACCGACGGGCGCGCUGUAAGAGCUGCUUCCUCACUCUGCUUGGCUUCACCGUCCCCAUGGCUCUGAUGGCCUUACUGGUGCUGGGCGCUCUGUCCAAGGAGCUGCUGGAGAUGGCUCUGGGCCAUGAGGGUACAGAGACACUCUCUCUCUACCUGUCUCCCGUAGCGAAAGUAUUUGACUCCCUCUCUGUGGAGCAGCAGUUUUACGGUUGUGGCCUCCUGGUCCUUCUCUCCUUCCUCCUGCUCAUCAUCGCACGCUUCUCCUUCAGGACUCAACCCACUCUGUCAGGCAAACAGAAGAGACAGCUUCAGGAGAAGCUGGAGUACGUUCAGGAGGUGGUAAAGACCAAAAAGAAAAAGCUGUAUGAGGAAUAUCUUCGGCAGAGUGUCAGCGAUCAGGACAUGGACUUGUAAAGAUGUACACAACGAUUCAGCACACUGACGUCAGCCGUCAUGUCACUCUGACCACUCGAUGCUGUCUCAUUGAUGUGUAUAAACACGCGGUACUCUCCAAGUUCUGGUGCUUUGGAUACUGUAAAGUCUGUUUACCUGUUAGAUAAUGUUACCUCUGUGAAAACUCUCAAAUCACACUAUCUGCAGAUUAGUAGAGUUUCUCAUAACAAAUGAACUUUUGUUACUAAUCACGUACUCGUUGUGAGCGUUUAUAUACAUGUACUUGAUGUGCCUCUGCUCCAUCCACAGGAACUCAGGCAUGUACCACUUAAAGAUAUUUAUUAUUCCUUUAUCAGAGAAACUGUAUUUUGAUUAAAGGGCAUAUAGCACUGUUUCACAUGAGUCACUUUGUAUGAGAUUUUGAACACCAGCAUUUUAUACAGAACUCUGCGUAGUAUUACGAAGAUACAGCUUUAGUAUGUAAUAUGUAGAGUAUUCAAUUAUCUGCACAACUGUUAUCCAGCAUUUUUAAUCACUAACCAUUUCAACUUUUUGUAUUUUCCUGUUCUACAUCGUGACCAUGUUUUUAACUACAAUUGACUUAAAUAAAAAACAAUGUUGACUAUCAGA